AUGGGCCAGGGCCAGGGCGCGAGCGCACGAAGUCCCCUCUUUCCAAAGCGACCGUCCCGACGCGCACGCCGAGGUGUAAGGGACACCAGGGACCAAAUUGCUCCAUGUGGGUUGCUCCCAGCUGUCAGUCAAGCCGGAGGAUCCAGCCAGGGGAGCGAGGCGAAGCCCUCUUCAUGUAAAGGGAUCCGUCUCCGGACUCUCAACGUGGAUCCCUCUGCCCCGAGAAUCGCCACUCCACUGUUCCUCCCGACCCCCUUGCAGGACGCGGCACCAGGAGCCAGAAGCGCACCUUCCAGCCCCAGCUCCCCAGCGCCCCGCACCGAGUGCGGACCCGAGGGUGAGCGCCGCACACCUUGCGGAGCGCGAUUCCCUCGCCCUGGACGCGGCUCUGGCUCCCAGCGCACCCCAGUCCCGCUCCGGACCGGGACUCACUCACCGCGCGGCCGCAACCUCCUGUGUCCCGCUCCCGCCGCAGCCAGCAAGAGCUUGGCUGGAGUGAAGGAGCCCAGGCGUCGCCAGGAGGCCGGCCGAGCCUGCGCUCCGCCCCGCCGUGGCCGCCGCCCGCCCUCCCGGGAGGAGGGGCAGAAGCCGGAUCGGGGCAACCCCCGGGAGCCACGGUCGCCCCCACCCAGGUCACCUCUGCACAAUCUAGGACCCGGGAGCGCUUCCCUCGGUGCCUCGCCUACUCUGCUUCCCCACCCAUCCUCACACUCGGCUUUGUCAUCACCCUGCCCCACAUCGGAAUGUCCUCCCACCUCCCAGCCGCCAGCUCCCUGUUUUUGCCUCCUCCCAGCCUGA